CGUCAUCAGAGUAAGAUGGCGGAAGUUGGUGUUGAAGUUGAAGCUGAGGACGGCAGUAGUGCUCUGUCUGUGACGUUCGACUGUCUGCUGGAGAUAUUCGGCUACCUCGAUGGGCACGACCUCGCAAGGGUGUCCAGAGUGUGUAAGAACUGGCAUGAUGCAGCUCAAACUCCAUUAUUGUGGAAACACCUGUGCCUGCAGCGAUGGCUGUUCUGUAACCUGUCCAACAUGACUCCAGGAGAACAGGUCUGGCAGGAGUACUACAUACACAGGCAUGCUGUAGACACUAGCAUGGGGAGGGGGGCGCCAAAAAAGGACUACCGGGCAAAAACUCUUCGAGGGCACAAAGGUCAGAUCAAGGAUGCUGUGUACCUGAGUAAGAAGGAACUGUGCUUUGACACAGCUACCUUUCACCCCAUUCUGGCCAGUUGUUCUGAGGAUAAAACUGUAAGAGCAUGGGACAUCACAGAGGGCAGUGAGCUUUGGGUUGGUACAGAACACAAGAGUGCCGUCACUUGUCUGGUCCUGUGGGAGGAAGAGUCCAUUCUGUGCAGCGGGGACCAGGAUGGAGAUAUACACAUGUGGGACUGUUCCCCUGGACAGAAUAGGGGUACUUUUAGAGGACAUGACGGAGGGGUGACCAAAAUGGUCAUGUGCAAGUCAGGAAGGUACACUGCACUUCUGGCUGGUACAGGACAGGGAGACAUUAAAAUUUGGGACCUGCAAAACACCACGGCUUGUCUGAAGACAUUUCCUGCCAUCUCUGGCAUGGCUCUUGACAUCCUCAGCCUACGUAAGGACAAAACACUGGCUGUGGCAUCAAGAGAUGGAGGAGGGAUGAAGCUGUAUGAUGUAGAAAGGUUGCUGUCAUCUGAAGGCCUCACUGGCGAUGCUGAGGACUGUCUGGUGGGAGAACUGGAACAUCCCAGCCUGCAACACACCUGCUGCAUCACCUGGUUGCCAUGGAAACCAAACAUGGCCGCCAUUGGCUAUGAAAAUGGCGACAUUGGGGUGUGGGAUCUUAAGCCUGCAUCUUCGGGUAGAACACAUGGAAGAAAAGAAAGUCCACCAGUACUUCUUCACACCACAUCUGCACAUUUUGGAGCUGUCAGAGGACUAAGUGCCGUACACAACAUGUUGGUAUCCGCUAGUGCCCAGGAUGUGCACUUAAAGACAUGGUCCUUACAAAAUGAUGGCAGCUUGACUGAAGAGAAGACUUACACUGAUCACCAAGGUCCAGUCACAGGCAUACACGUGGACCACUAUAAGGCUGUGUCCUGCUCAGACGACUUUUCCAUCAGGGUUUACCAGUGGAGACGGGAGGGGGGCAGGAGAGUUCUGGACAGCAAAUACACACUCCUGGGAGGGUCUCUUCAAAGGGCAAGUGGUUUCCAGGGUGUCCUCAGUGACUACACCAGCUGUGUGGGGAUUGCAGGCAAGGAGCUGAAGGCCUACACUUUUACAACAUAGCAGUGCACCAAACAAUGAUCUUUUCACAUGUAGUCAUUAACAGCAAUGGGGAAGAGAUACAAAUACUUAGGUUAAGGUCUAAGGGUCUAGUGUCUGCUAGAACAAGUGCCUUUCUUAGCUAGCUAUUCAGGUGGCACACAGAGGACAUAAUUUCCCCAUUGCAUUGAAUCAAGAGGUCAACAGUACAUCUGAUCACAGCCAUUGGCAAUAUUGUAUUAGGGAUGCAAUAACUAAGGCGACAGGUGACGGGCCCAGAGAAUGCAAGAACAGGUGUCUUUUUUUAGCUGAACUGGUGACACUGUAAUCACAAGUUGGACAAUAUGCUCUACUCCAACAUCAGACCAAACAGGUUUCUGUUAAACAUCUUUGACCUCUGGUCUUUGUACUCACUGUGCCUACUGGCAUGCUCUUAUAUUGUCAAAGAAGUGAAACUGUCUCUUCAACAUUCUGAAUGUGCUCAUUACCUAGAAUGCAAAAGCUUGCAAUGAGAUCAGGCGAUUUUUGUAAGAUAUGCUUUGAUAGGACAUUUUUUACAAUCAGUAAUUAAGGUUUUUCUUUGAUACAAGAGUAGAGACAUUGUCCUGGUGACUUCUAAGAAAACUUGCAAAUGCUGUGUUUUAAAUAAACAUACCAGCUUCUGCCUUGAA